AUGUUUGAACCAGGGACUGACAGUAUUCAGUGGGCACGAACCCCUCCUUCAGCCUCCUGGCGCUUCGAUUCUGGUCGUGAAGAGCGUCGUCCUCCCAGACGCGAGCGCUCCCCACGUCGCCGCUCAUACUCUCCUGGCCGCCGCCGAGAUGAGCAUUCCCCUCGCAAAGAUGACCGUCGCGAGCGUGACUAUGAUGACCGCGACCGUGACCGUGGCCGUGAUCGUGAUGAUCGUCGGGACCGCGAUUAUGAUCGCCGCGAUGGUGCUCGUUCUCGUAGCCCAGAGGACCGUGAUCGAGAGAUGAAAGAUGUUGACCGUCGUCGCGAUGACGAAGAACCUCCACUUGAAGAGGUUGACAAUCGCAAAGACGAGAUGAGGUCCCCGGUUCCCAUAACCCACGACGAACUCGACACUGCGGAAUAA